AUGGCCAAGGACACAGGCUACGAGACGGUGCAGUUCGAAGACCACAGCGACGACAGGAGCAGCACCGAGGUCGAGGAGUCGCUGAUCGGCGACGAGAAGCCGUGCAGGAACUGCUACGCCGCGAAGGCGCUCGAGAGGACGAGGCCCGAGAGGCAGGGGGGGAGGUGGAGGCAGAGGCUCGGCGCGCUCAGCGGCGUCGUCAACACGUUGCUGCUGCUGGCGAAUCUCGGGCUGCUCGUCCGGCAGAUGACGCGCGAGCCGCGGGUCAACAUGUGGGAUUUCGGUGGCGAUCUAACAGGCGUGGGGCCGCGGUUCGGCAUGGGCUUCCAAUGGGUUAAUGACACACACAAGUACCAUGACUUGCCGACACCCAUCAUCUGGCCCGGCAAGACGGUCUUCACGACAUCCAUCACGCAUCAGCUCCACUGCUUGUUUGCUGUGGUACAGACAUACUCAGGCCUCAAGUCGGAGCAUGAGCUCCCCGAGGACCACCACUGGCACAUGAUCCACUGCUUCGCAUAUCUGCGACAGACCAUCAUGUGCUCUGCCGACACGGCAUUGGAGGGUCUGGAAACCACAUUUCCAGACCACAACGGCGGAUCCGACGGUUGGGAUUCGAAGCAUGAUUAUGGCGAGGUGACGCGCUACCUGGAGAGUGUUCGGGCGUAUGAUGAUCGGGAGAUCUUCUAG